GACCGCACGAGCAACUGGCAGGCAGUCGCUGUCUAUUAGCGCACACGUUUCCAGUGGAAAAGCUUGUUAGUGUGUAGCUUUUUCCCUUUCCUGCACACUGUGCAAGUGUACUAUUCUUCCCCUUCCCAGCUCUGGAUAAGGUACAGGAGGGGAUAUUAAUUCAACCGUGAAUGAAAAAGGUGUAUUGCGUUGUAAUGUGUCCGGGGAAAGAUUAAAUUCCUCUUCCAAGUCCUGUAGAUGUUUGCAUGAGUGUGUAUGUGGUUUUGGUGUGCUGAAAUUUGAGCAAAGUGCAUUCCGAAUAACAGGUGCUUGUGAGAUGCUCUUUAUGGUCGUGUUGGUGCUGCAGGCGUAGAAUAGAGCGCAGUUCAUUAUCUACCGUAAUGACCAUUCCACCAUUUUCGCGAUCGCUUUCGUCCUCUGGGACAAUUAAUUCAAUUAGCUGUUAAUCCACGAGCUGUUUAUGGAUUGAGAAGACCUACAGAGAGAGAGAGAGAGAGAGAGAGAGAGAGAGAGAGAGAGAGAGAGAGAGAGAGAGAGAGAGAGAAAGAGGGCACGUGUGAGAGUGAGUGAGAAAGUGUGCUUGUGAUUGAAUGUAAAGCAAAGCUCCAAGCUACUGGAACUACAGGUGGUAUGGUGGCCCUUUGGAGCAAUAAUUAGCUCGUACAAAGACAGCCAGCUUAGUGUUCGCGUUUGUCUGUGCGUCGGGAGAUGACUCAGAUGUACUGAAAUGUCACACGCCCCCACGCCAGCUGGCCAGAUGCACAUUGUUGAACUUCACUCCAUCCCAUCAGAACACGGCCGCAGGCGCAAACGCAGCGAACUAGACGACUGAAACCAAACCAAAUUAUUAGUUCACCAGCAGUUCGUUUGCAUCGCAAAAUGAACAUUGCUCGAAUCGUUGUGGCUGUGCUGUGCUGACCGAGAAGCGAGCUUCAUCUAUCAUUGCACCACAAGCUCCAUUCGCGCGUGCAAGAGAGUAGUUCCUGGGCAGCGACAUCGCCAAUGCAUGGUUGCGCUUUUCGUUCUACCGAGAGGGCAUCAGUGUAGCAGGAUUCAACGAACAUCAGUGCGACUGGCAGCAACGGGAGUUUAUGCUACGCAAUCAUUCAUCAGUGCGGCCGUCAUGAAUAAAUCAUUGCAACGACUUACCUGCCCCCUGCGAGCGACAUCCGAGCGCCCAGAUGGAGCGUACCGGCCGCCAACAGUAUGGCCGGGUCGCGUACUGCCCGUACAGUGAUUCCAGCUCGUCGGAGCUACAGUCCUACGUCCGUCCGUUCGACACGGUACGGGCGCUGCACGAAACGGUCGUCUCGCUGCGUACCGCGCUCGAGGAAUCACGCCGCGAAGUGGAUCAGCUGCGGCAGCAGAUAAGCGUUCGGGAAACGGUAGAGCAGGGCAGAACCGUCAGUGCCGGUGGGUUGAAGGGUGCUGAGGUUGCGGACGGCCCACGGAAGCAGCAAACGAGCGGAAGCACCGAAGUCCCGUCCACAUCGGGCUACCAGGCCAGGCAUCUGCCGGCACGUGAAUCAUGCGAAGACGUCCCGAGUACGUUGGAGGAUAAAAAGUGCAAAAAGCUAAAGAAACGAAAAGUAAAAACCCAACCGACGGAGCACGAGAGCUGCUCCAGUCCGGUGACGGUGGGUCGGGAGGAGAGCAAGGCGGAAGUAGAAGACUCCAUUAGGACGAAAAAGACGCCUAUUAAAGAUGGUACCAGUUCGGCACAUCAGAAAGUGUCCGUAGUGCCCGACAUACAGAUAGUUUCACAUCCAGGGGUUGGCCCACACUCCGCUAUGGCAUCACGGAUUGACGUAAAGAUUAAGGUAUCUUCCAACAUCAAUAUGGACGGGAGCAGUUCUGAGGCGGAGAGUUCCGAAUGUCCGAAGGAAGAACCACAGACUCCCGAGGACCCAGCAGCACCAGAAUCUGCACCAGUGGAGGAGGAAGAUGAAGAGGAGAAAACGAUUGGCGAACCGGAAGAGCGUGGAGUGGACGAUGAGAUGACGGUACGCGAGCAAGUCCUCAAGUCGGACGGUGUGGAGAGCUUGCGCGUCAGUGUGGUGAACGAGGAGAAGCUGAGCGUGAGCAAGAGCUCGGAGGCGAUCAGCAUAAAGCAGGUCUCGUCGGAGAACUUGCACGUCGACGCGGAUCGACAAUCGAACGCUUCCAUCUCGGAGGGAGACAACUCAGUGUUUGCGGAGGAUACGCCCGGCCAGGCGGAGGGCGAACUGCACGGCACGGGACCGAUUACCGGCAGCUACACCCUGUCCGGUGAUCCCCGCCGGCGGAUGAAGAAGAGCGAGUCGGAAACGCAGGAAGAGGUGGACGACAUCGAGCUGAUCUUUUCGUCCGACGACAAUGCGAAGGAUAUUACGCAGGAGGAUCUGGUGUCGAUAUCGGACUACGAGCCGUGGCACGAGACGGGGCAGUCCGGCACGCCCGUGCUGGUGAGCUUCACCAAUUUGGCGUCGGAUCAGGAAAAGCUGAGCUCGCUGGAGCGCAGUGACAGCGAGGUGGCGGACGGGUACGAGCUGGAGAAGGGCAAGAGCCUCGAGAGCCAGGACUCGCUGAGCCUGGACAACAUGAAGAAAAGCCUGGACUUUAGCACAAAGUCGUCCAGCCUGGAGAAGGAGUCGAGCGUGGAGUACGGUGCGUCCGGCAAUUCCCUAGUCGCGUGCGGGGUGGCCCGUACCGCCCGCAGCCAGGGCGACGAGGAGGGCAAGCAGCAGGGCGACAGUUUCGAUGUGGCCGGCACGAAUCCGCUGGCGGCGGCCGGUGCACUCGGGCGCCGCUGGACCAACUACAACGUGCUGAUCGAGACGGACAUCUCCAAGUGUGGCAUCACGGAGGAGAACAUUCUGGAGAUGGGACGGCGCAAUACCUGCCCCAACCCUCCCGCCUACCGACCCAUCAUUCACCCGGGCAGCCGUAUGGCGGCGGGAGCUGGCGGCACCAAUCGGAGCCCGCUGGCGGUGAAGUUUUCCCGCUCGCCGCGCACCUACUCACCGCACCAGUAUCUGCCGCCGGGGAAAACGCUGCGCACCGUGAUAGCGGCGGAAAGCGGCGUCCGGGGCGCGACCGGCGACGAGGUAAAGCGUUCCCGGGCGGCACAGACCGACAUCUCCGCUCUGGCCCAGCAGUGGCGCUCCGAGACGCAUCUGACCGGGGCGGAGUACGUGCCGGGGCUGUACACACUGCCCUCGAAGUUCGUACCACCGCCAACCGGUGGGAAAGGUAAAUUCCCACUCAGACCGUCGGAUAAGACGCAGGAAGCCCGCCGGGUGCUGCUGAGCGAUAUUAACUUUACCAGCAUGGUCCCGGAGCUGUCCCGUUCGGCCGAUCACCUCUGCCAGCAUCAGCAGGACGAGAACGGCGACCCGAACCGGUCGCCCAACUACUGCAAGGGAAACCUGCUAAGAACACCGGAAGCCACCAAAGGCAUCCCGCCGAGCUUUAGCAUGACCUCGCCCGGCGUUUCCCAGUGGACGGUCAACGAGAGCAGCAUCGCCACGCAAACCACCCAAACGGACGCGCUCUGGACGAACCGGGGCGAUUCGUUCGACUCGUCGAAAAGCUACUCGGCCGGGUCGCGCUACUCCACGCUCAGCAAGCACCACCGUUCGCGCAGCGUGCCCUCGAUGCGCUGUGCCAUCUGCCGGCAGACGCACCAGAACACGGCGCUCAGACCGUCGGAAAGCAUGCACUACACGCCGCGCGUCACCUUCCAGGAGCAGCCGGUGCACAAGAUUCGCGGUUCGCUGCCCGACCUGCGGCACGAUUGCAACUGUCCGCGGCGGUACGGUGGCCCAUCGCUCUACCGCAUCCAUGGCGAUUCGGGCGGCUCCACCGACAGCUUGCUCGAGGAGGCGGAAGAGUUUCUGCGCCGCUCGCUCGAGGGAGGCAACAUGCUCGGGAUGGAGGAUUCGCUCGGACAGCUUGACGUCGGUGUGCCACCGCCGGCCACCGCUGGUCUGGUGCCGCACGUGACCUUUCACGGACAUGUUGGUGGUGGGCACGCUGGUGCCCAUCCGCCGGUGCAUCAUCCCACGGCCAAGCACCGCCGCUGCUCGGAGAAUGACAUUCAGCGAGACUACAUUCCCUCCAAGCAGGCGCUGCCAUUUUUGCCAAAAACCCCCAAAUGUCUUAAGCCGGGCCACCUGGCAAAGGUCAUCUCGCCGAACGGGCGCGUCAUCGUUGGCCGGGUGCGGUACAUUGGACCGGUGGCCGGCACGGAAGCUGCCGAGGACACUACCUUCGUCGGGCUGCAGUUGCCGAACAAUUUGGGCGACUGUGACGGUACCAUCGAUGGGAAGCGAUUCUUCGACUGCGAACCACUGCACGGCGUCUUCGUGCCGUUCAAGAAGGUCGUCAUGGCAUGGAACUCAUAAAAAAACGGUCGCCGGCAGGUUGAGGGAUGAGUGAUCUGCAAGGUCAAGGAAAGCUAGCUACGAGAGGCACAAGCACGGAGAUGAAGCUUCAACUGGAUGAAAUUGUGCAAAGACGAAUCAAACAGCGCCAGGGCAGUGGGCAAACGGAGCCAAGGUAAAGCUUAGCCCGUUGUGAUACAGGGAAAACGAGUGAUUGAUUAUUACACACGCGAACGACGGGUCGAUGACGACAAAUCAGUGUAAUGGCGGGUGUCAUGGUGGAAAAUGUGCUUCAGAAAGGAUUGCUGUUUAGCCGAUGGAAAAAGGGGGAGAGUCCGAUAAGGAAGACAAAUGAAACGGUGAGAUGAGAAAACGAAACUCAACUAAUAUAAGCAACACCGGUCACACGCAGCAAGAGCAACCACGUUGCAGAAGAAUUGAAACGCCUCUAGAACCGACUGUAUUUCCGCAAAACCGAUGCGAAAAAAACACAAAUAAUUGUUGUAGUGUAGUGUGUAUUACAUUUUGUGUGUAAUUCCUUCAAAUCCUCCAAAACAAAAAACAAAAACACUCUAGUCACCUUGUUGAACGUACUAGAAACGUCUGCUAGAAACUCCACUGGUCAUGGACGGAGACUCUAUCGUCUGCACUGUGUUUUCGAUUAGAACCGUACAACAGCCGUGUCCUAUUUUUGAUAUCGAUGUUUGCAGUAAGCCCUUUUAUCCCAUUCAACCCCGCACACGAGCACACGAGUGCGCGUGCCGACUGUCUCUGCGAAGCCUCCCCUCCACCAACCAAGAGCAUUGUUGUUGAUCCCCGUUUUUAGGUGUACGUUUCAUGUGUGUUGCGCGCGCAAUGUUUGAAAUCGGAACCGGAGGAGCGCAUAAGUAGGCAUAAGGAAAGAAGGUAAAAAUCGAAUCGGUUUCGAUCAGAGGUCAGGGUCAGUUCUAAUCACCCUUGUUGGUUGGGAGGAGAGUUUUGGGAGGGGGGAAAAAGUGUUUGAAUAUUUACAAAGGGGCUUAGAACGAGCAGAGCUAGUCCGAGGUACUGCUGCUUAUCACUCAUAUAAAGAAUAUAUAGAUGUGAAUCAGUGUACAUGUUACUAUGUUACAGAGUUUUCCAGGUCAUUUUCGAAUUCGAAAACAUUGUUUUUAACCGCGUGCAAUAUGUUGUUCCUCAUCACUCUGAUAUUGCAUUUCCAUCAUAAUAUUUUUUUUUAAUUCUUCAGCAUGAUUUUCAACACUUCAACGGGUGAUGAUAUCAUGCUUGAAACCCCGGUGAAAAAACGAUGGAAAUAUACCCAUGAAAUGUUGAAAAUCAUGCUGAAGGAAAUAAAAAAAAAUAUUACAGGGUUUGCCCAAUUAGUUUCGAAUGUGAACUUCAUUAUUCACCGCCUUCAAGAAGUUUCUCAACAGCUGUCAAAAGUUGUAUUUGCAUCACAAUAAAGUUUCAGUUCGUCCACAUGAUCGUCUCAAACUAGAUUGAGUUUGACAGUUCUUUGUUAUGUGUUGAAACUGAAAUUUCAUUUUGAAACAAAUAAAUCAUUUGAC